CCCAAGUCACGGACUCGCCUCAUUCCUCUUUCAUUUCGUCUUCUUCUCGCGGUCGCUUCCUCUAUCCCGUUACUCCAUCUUGCUGGCUUGUGUAUUUUGUGCUUCAGUGACCUGAUCGCUAGCCUACAUACAUACAUCAGGUCGUUAUCGCGGUGGGCCUGUCUUACUGAUCUAGCAUCGUAGCGCUUGCUUUUUCCCCUCAACCCCACUUCCACCCAACUACUUCUGCAUGCAACAGUAGAGACCUUGGUAAGUAGUCAUGGGCAAGCCGCGGGUCAGUUAUUCCUCCCUCCGAAACUAUCAUUGUCCUCGGUACAAUGUCUCAUUCUGACAGAUGAUCAUCUUGAUCCGCCAUGCCCAAUCGGAAGGAAACAAGAACCGAGAAAUCCAUCAAACUAUCCCCGACCACCGAGUGAAACUCACCCCCGAAGGACACCGUCAGGCGCAGGAAGCUGGCUCCCGUCUGCGUACCCUUCUACGACCGGAUGAUACCAUUCAUUUCUUCACCUCCCCAUACCGUCGCACCCGAGAGACCACAGAGGGUAUUCUACAGUCCCUAUCCUCAGAUUCCCCGGCCCCGUCUCCUUUCCCAAGACAUACCAUCAAGGUCUACGAAGAACCCCGGCUGCGGGAGCAAGAUUUUGGGAACUUUCAACCAUGUUCAGCCGAGAUGGAGCGUAUGUGGCUCGAAAGGGCAGACUAUGGUCACUUCUUCUACCGAAUUCCCAACGGUGAAUCUGCUGCCGACGCCUACGACCGCGUCAGUGGGUUCAACGAGUCGCUGUGGCGUCUGUUCGGAGAGGACGACUUCGCCAGUGUCUGCGUGCUCGUCACGCAUGGCUUGAUGACGCGUGUUUUCCUCAUGAAAUGGUACCAUUGGAGUGUGGAAUACUUCGAAGAUCUCCGCAACAUCAAUCACUGCGAAUUCGUCAUUUUGAAACUCAACCCAGACAACGGGAAAUACGUCCUCCAGAAUCAACUCCGCACGUGGUCUGACCUGCGGAAGGAGAAAGAGGAAGAACGACAGCGUGAGCGGGCAGCCAAAGGACUGGAUCCAGUGCAGCCAGCACCACCAGAGACGUCAGUCCCUAUCCGUCGUAAAUGGGGUGGUUGUCCUGAUGGAUGCAAUCACGGCGUCCGAAGACGAAGCUCUUUACGUACGCCCCGUGCACACAACGCAGACCAUCCAAAGCAUCAACAUGACCCUCAGUCGAAGGAGACAACAACACACAGCGCUACUCACCACAAUCACAGAUCUCACGGGAAUCAAAACGGCCACCCAAGACCAGUCCCGGCUGGAACGGGGACAGCCACUCCGGUUGACCAGCAAAUGCUCAGAGCCCCGGAGCCAGCUUUGGGGGAUCGUUCCAUUGAUGCAAGGCCUCUUGAAAGGACCUUGCCUUCCCCAGCUCCACAGUACGAGUUUGAAGGUGUACAGCUUGAAACCACGUCCACCUCUCAAGCAACUUUCCCAAUACCCAAUGCAUCCACCACCACUAUCAGUCACCUGAGCCAACCAACCUCAAAUCCCAGCCCUUUACCCCGCCGCCCUGGCCUCGCCCAUCUCCACCGUGACAGCGAAGACCACCUCCUCCAUCCCCCGAACUGCAACUACGCUUACAUCCAUCUCGUUGGCCGCGACGGCGGCGGUUCCAUGAGCGGCGCAAACAGCCUCGCCCCGUCGGAGGACGAACGCGAAGAGAAGCUUCGCCCCAACAUGCAUACUUAUACCCAUAACCACAAACAAACUCACUCCCGCCCCAAACCGACCCCCUCUGCCCAUCAAGUUCGACCAUCUCAAGACCUAGAUAACGACGGCGACGACGAAAGCAGUUCCAAGCAGGCUGCGCGACCCCGACGUACCCGAUCCCACAGCCACCAUGUCCGAAAUCCCCCGGGCCUGGCACGCCAAACCCUGAGCAAGCAAGUCGCCAACGCCCUCAACCAGGAUCGAGCAGGCCAAGACAGAUUAGAUGAUGAACCUCUCCCCACAGAUCCUCGAACUUCGAAAGCCGAGAACCAGCAAGCGGACGAACACAGCCGUGAAGACAAUCAAUACGAUGAUCACGAUCAUGAACACUAUCACCAUCACGGCGACGAUGAAGAGGACGAUUACAACGAAGAAGACGCCUCGUUCGAAGCUGAAAGAAAACACGACCAGAGCAUAAGGGGGAGUGUAUACUAGCACAGGACUACAGGCAAAUUCUUUUUCUUCUAUACCCAUAUACAAUCAAAACAUACAAGACAAUCACCCUCACAUCACCGCCAUACAUACCUUAUAACUCCAUUCAUACCCAUGUAAUCAUGACUCAGAUUUCCUCCAUGAUGUACAACCCACCCCCCAACAAUCUAUCGACCUACCAUCUAUUCAAUGAAUGAAUGAAUGAAUGCAUGCGCACAUCGACAGAUAGAUACCCCAGGGCAAUCAAUCAGAUAAAUUCCAUUUAUUCCAAUACCACAUAACAAACAAACUAUCCUAUUAUCUUAUUGUUCCCUCUCAUUCUAAUUUACUCAUAUUAUUCUCGCAUUCACAUUAAUCAGAUUCAAACUAGGGUUCUUUCUCAAAAUUGUACUUGCAUUUCGGUUACGGGGGAUUAUUUUCUUAAUAACUUUAAGUUGACUA